AUGAGACUGCUCCAGCCCUUUCUGCGGAGCACGCGGCGUACAGCCUCCUCACUGUCACAGCCGCGAGCCCUGCUCCUGGCGCCGGGCCAGCAGUCGCUCAGGAACGAGUACUACGCGUUGAGGCACGGCUGGUCAAAGGCGAACGAGGCCGGUAUCAUCGUCAGCCGCAUCGAUAGCGGCGCGCGGCUCGAGUACGGUGCGUUUUCGGUGUGGGAAGGUGCCUUUCAGGUGUCGCGUCGAUGGCGUACCGUCGGCCUCCACGCCGUCGAGCAGACACGAGAGGGGCAGACGACGUCUUACCGCGCAGGCCUCCACGCGACCGGGCGGGAGCAGGCUAGCGCCGCCGGCGACGCGUUCAAAGCGAUCGUGCGGACGCGACCCGUUACGAUCCUCUCGUCGGACUUCUCGCGCACGUUCGAGACUGCGAAGAUCGUCGCCAAGGCGGUCCAUGCUGACGUCGAGGCCGAGCCGGCGCUGCGCGAGCGGGACUUCGGCGACUUCGAGCUGGGGCCGAACACGGCGUACGAAGCGGUCUGGGAGCAAGACGCCAUCGACGCGACGCAUACGGCGUGGGGCGUCGAGGCGGCCUGCGCCGUCUUGGAACGCGCGGCGGGCGCGGUCCAGCGCGUCGAAGGCGCGCGCGAGGGCCACGCGGUCCUCCUCGUGUCGCACGGCGACUGCCUCCAGAUCCUCCAGACGGCGUUCGCGGGCGUGGACGUGUCCGCGCACCGGUCGUUGCCGCACCUGGAGACUUGUGAGCUAAGGCGGUUGGAGUUGUUGGGUGUAAGUUGAGUGUAUAGUGCAAGCUCAAAUACGAGGACUGUGUGCGGUACGACAGUUUUGCCUCUAGACAGCUGCCUGGGUGCUCUCCCUGCGUGCGGGUUUGUCGCGCGUCGCGUACCCGUCCUUUUCGUGAGCCCAGAGGCCCACCCGUGUGCCGAGUGCUCUCUUUGGAGGUCUGAGGCGUGUUUGUAGUUGCCGUCUUAGCCGUCCAGAAAUCGAGCAGGGGGCAGCAGCGGGAGGCAUAAAGGAAGCCGCUCCGCCGCUAGACUUUUAUAAGCCAAGCCCGCGGUCAGGAUCGAUUGGCCUUGAGCUGUGAAGCCCUCAAGAGCGCAAUUUCAGCGCCCCGGCGGAGGAGCUCGCAGUAAAAGGAGCGACCUUCACCUCUACGUGAGGACCGCCGCGCGACGUAGCGCAAGCCCCCCGAGACGUUGCGGUGACUCGCGCUGGAUAGGGCAGGGCUCGGGAAAGGCUGCGCGGGCGAUAAAAACGCGAAGCGCCCACAGACCGACCUGUCUUCCGCCCGGCGCUAAAGAAGGCGUCGCACAAGAAUACGAUAGAACACGAUAAAACACGAUAAAACACGAUGAGAGACAACGUAGACGAAGGCGACCAGGCUCUGGACAGCCUCUUCGGCCCCUACGACUUCCUCGACAGCGGAUUGGCCCAGCUCCCGCCCGAGUCCGAGCCGAGCUCGGGCCGCAUGAGCGAGUCCCCGGAGGACGACAAAAUUCGCGGCCAGGGCGUCCUCGACGCAUUCCCCGACCCGACGGCCGGCGCCAUGCUGCCGCCGGAAGACCGCUUCCAGCCUGUUAAGUCAGAGGAGGAUCGAAAACCGGGAAGCACGGACGGCUCGGAGGUGUCGUCCGAGCAGGCCCAGGCCCCCGCUCCCAAGAGGGGUCGGGCCGGCGCCCCGUCGGGAAAACAACUCCAACCGCCGACGAAGGGCGAGCUCCAGGACAAGGCCGAUAGGUGUAGAGCGAGGAACCGCGAGCACGCGAGACAAACGAGGCGUAGGAAGAAGGAGUUCGUCGAGAAUUUACAACUUUCUGUGACCAACCUAACAAGAGAAAACGAGGCCAUGGCCCAGCGGCUGCGCGAGGCGGACGCGAGGGACGCGAGGCGGGCGCGGCGCGUCGAGACCGUCGACGCGCUGCUCAAUCUAAGAGUGGCCGACGACCCCCAGAUCGACCCCGACGAUCCGGAUAGCGAAGAAAGAUUGUGGAACGAACUCGUGGAGCCGGACUUUGAGCUGCACCUGCCGCACACGCCUUAUAGAUCAUUUGCGCCGUACGAACAAACCGUCUCUGGCAGAACCGUAACAGGAGUGCGCGCGGCCAUCUCCGACGUCAAGUCCCUGAGGACCUGCCUAGCAGCUCUCACACGAUUACCUAGAUCGCAAGGCAGCGAGGCCGAGGCCGCCGCGGCGCGCGCCGCCGCUGCUGCAGCUAGAGCCGCUUUGGACGAGCAGCGGUCGUCGUCGGACCAAGGUGAAUCCGGAAGACAGACGCGGAGCGGCGGGCGACGCUCGAAGGAACCGGAGCACGACGAGAGCGAGAUGCCCCCGCAGGAGGGCCGCGCGGAAUGUGUGCUAGAAAGAGCUUCUGUGGCCUGGACGGCGGAUGGGACGCUGCUAGCUCCCUGGGUGCUGCGCGUGGCGAACGCCGAAGGUAGGUGCGUCCUCAGCCAGAGAGGUACCGCGAAGGCGAUGUUCCGGGCGGCGCCGCGCGGUGUCCGCGGCGACCGCGUCGCUCGGCUCGAACUUACUUUUGACACCAUCGGCCUGUGGCAGCAAUUGACAAGGGCCUCGAGAAGCCCCGUGGCCGAGCCUUAUGCCGCGGUGCCCAAUACGUUGGAAGAUGCUCUACAAGAGUCAAAAGAUGCUCGGGUCGUCACUUCGGCGACGCGGCCCUUCGUCAUCGAGCACGUCAACGACGCCUGGGUCCGGCUCUGCGGGUUUAGUGCCGACGAGGCCGUGGGCAAGACCCUGGCGUGCCUCCAGGGGCCCCUCUCGGAGCGCGACGAGAUCACGAAGAUCGUCGACCAGGCGGCGCGGGGCCAUGCGUGUUCCGCACUGAUCACGAACUACACGAAGCAGGGCCAACGGUUCCAGAACUUCCUGAGAGUCGUGCCCCUGGUCCGCGGCAACGACGACGCGCAACCGUCGCACAUGCUGGGGGUCCUCCAGGACGUCCAGCCGCAGCUCGCCGGCUAG